UGAAUGUAUUUGUGUUUUUAUUUUCAGAAAGAGAAUGGCCUCCUCCUUAGUAACCAGGAAACUCUUGAAGGAUGCCUGCCAGGUUCAGGUCUACGCCGCCAGGGCCUAUGGCGGUGGGCACGGACACUCGGACGUCCCCAUCCCUCUGCAGAAAGUGAAUAUUGGUAAACGAGAAAUCGUCGGCUACGGAGUUAACGGCGAAGCCAACUACAUCGAUACCGUCAUGGCCCCCUUCCCCGCCAUCAGGUUUAAGGAGGAUGUUGGAGAGAUUGCUAAGCUGAGAGAGAAGGAGAGAGGAGACUGGAAGAAAUUAACCCUUGAGGAGAAGAAAGCUCUUUACAGAGCUUCUUUCUGCCAAACACUGGCUGAGGUCGAAGCACCAACCGGAGAAUGGAAAUCAAUAAUUGGAUUAGUCCUGGUGGGUGUGAGUAUUGGUAUCUGGGGAUAUAUCUGGAUGAACCGUGUUGUCUACUCUGACCUUCCUGACACUAUUACCGAUGAGGAGAAGGUUAAGGCCCAGAUCGAGAGAAUGGUAGCCCUCCGUGUGAACCCGGUCGAAGGAUUGACCUCCAACUACGAUUACGAGGCUGGGAAGUGGAAGGAGUAAAUCCAACCUCAACAAUUUAGUCUUACCUUGAUAGAUAAUUAGCCUGUCCUCAAUAAAUACUUAUUAAUAAAAACACAUUUUAUUCGCUGA